UUUUUAUGUACAUGUUUGUGUAGUUUCGCCAGGAAAAGGAAAAGGUUCCUUUGUCAUCGUGGAUCAUUGGUGCCUCGGGCAGGUAAUUUGGAUUCUUCGUGCUUCUCUCGACUGAAUGAACAGGCAAACAAACAACUCGAGUGAAAAUUCCACCAGACCGGCAGGAGGUCCGAAUUUUCCAGCAGAGACCACCCUAUUGUGUCUGACCUGCAGGCGAGAGGGUCGGACUGCAUGUAGUUGUGCUCGACGCGCCAAGAAGAGUUGGAGCUGGCGCUGUAGACGACGAUGCCGAAGCGCCAGGCGUCGGCCAUGUAAACGUGCGUGUCCUCGCAACGGCCGUUCCUGGUGUCCACAGCCAGGUUGGAGAACAGACUGCCCUGACGCACGUUCUCCUCGGGCAACACGUGUCUCACGACCACCUGGUCGGUGUUGAGGUCAAAGGCCAGCAGCUUGGGGGGACACUGUUGGACGCCACCUUCGGCAACGUCCACCUCACCAGCGUCCAACACCCACAGCCUGCCGCAAGCGUGGUCAAUCUGCAAAGACAUAAAAGGUUAAUUAAUAUUAGCUGCGCAAAAAAGUUUUGCACGCCGUCUUCCCGCUAUUUCGCUUUCCUGGACUUGCGUCGACCAAUCAGAGGCCGCCCCGAACCCAUCAGAUGGUCGCGUAAACAUCAGCACGCUUUUUUGCUUGCUGGUUUGUGUCUUUUUGUAAUGCUGAGCAGGCGGCUUUUCUCGUCGAUUUUCGCCGCAGCAAAGAACAGUGAAGCUGCAUUUUGGUCGUUCAGCGCCGUUCACGCGAAGCCGAACAUGGAGUACAAACGCAUUGAGCCGAUCACCAUGCAAAUCGACCAACGCCAACUUGAGCCGAUUCGCACCCCUGAGCUCGAAACGCUCUUGGACGUGUUCAGGAAGUACGGGUUCGAGAUAAGAGUGGCUGGAGGCGCUGUCAGAGAUCUGUUGAUGGGAAUCACUCCGCACGACCUGGAUUUUGCAACGACAGCCACCCCUGAGCAGAUGAAGGAAAUGUUUGAAAAGGAGAACAUCAGGAUGAUCAAUGUCAGAGGCGAGAGUCAUGGAACCAUCACACCAAGAAUUAACGACAAAGAGAAUUUUGAAGUCACUACUUUGAGGAUAGACGUGACCACUGAUGGAAGGCACGCAGAAGUCCAAUUCACCACAGAUUGGCAGCUGGAUGCCAACCGAAGAGACUUGACUAUUAAUUGUCUCUUCAUGGGCAUGGACGGCACUGUUUAUGACUACUUCAAUGGCAUUCAGCACAUCAAGGAGAGCAAAGUUACCUUUGUUGGUGACGCAGUCACCAGAAUUCAGGAAGACUACCUUAGAAUAUUGAGAUACUUUAGAUUUUACGGAAGAAUUGCAAAAGAUGCAAAUAGCCAUGAUAAAGAUACUUUAGCUGCGAUCCAGGAAAAUGCAUCUGGAUUAGCACGAAUUUCGGGAGAGAGGAUCUGGACGGAAUUGAAGAGAAUUUUGGAGGGCAACUUUGCAUGUGAUCUCAUGAAAGUCAUGAUUGAAGUCGGAGUACCAGAGUUUAUUGGUUUACCUAAAAAUCCAGACGUCAAGAGGCUAAAUUUGGUUUGGAAUAAUUUGAAAGACCAAAAGUACAACGCAAUUACUCUCCUCUCGGCAUUGAUCAGCAAUCAGGAAGAGGCAUGGGAGCUGCACAAAAGGUUGAAAUUUUCCGCCUACGAGAGAGAUCUUCUCCUUUUCAUCACACAGCACCAUGAGAGGAAGUGGGACAUGAAGCCUCUAAAUGACGAUGGAACUGUUUCCCUCAGGCCAUACCAAGCUAUUGUUGCCAUGAGCAAGGACAAGACUAAGGACACCAAAGAAUGGACUGUUCAGCUUUUGCUGCACAUAGGACAGUCGCACAUGGCUAAAGAAAUAGCAGAUUGGGAAGUACCUAGGUUUCCAGUCAAUGGACACAUGAUUAAGGAUAAAGUGUCCGAUAUAAAUGGUAAGCAGCUGGGUUUAAUUAGUCAAGAGCUGAGAAAAGUCUGGGUUGACAGUGAUUUUAAAAUGGAUUCCGAUGAACUGGUUAAGCUCAUUCCUACAAUAGCUGAUGAAAUUAAAGAAAAAUUUCCUGGAAAGGUCAAGUCAAAGAAAUAAAAUUAAGUUUUGAAACA